AUGUAUCAGAAAUUAGCAGUGCAGUUAUGUCAAGAAGUUGAGCAGGUAACUGGUUUUACAAGAGGCAUGUUUCCCUUAAAAUAUCUUGGCUGUCCUAUCUUCCACUCUAGAAAAAGGAAAGUUUAUUAUAAUGAUCUGAUUAAGAGGGUGAAAGAUAGGUUGCAGAACUGGAAAGGAAUUUUGUUAUCAUUUGGAGGGAAGCCAGUUCUUAUCAACAGUGUUUUACAAAGUAUGCCAAUGUACCUUCUAUCUGCAAUGGAACCUACUAAGUACACACUAAAUGAACUGCAUAAAAUCUUUGAGGGAGGAUUGGGAUUUAGGACCCUUUUUGAUGUAUCAAAAGCUUUAUUCACUAAGCAAUGGUGGAGAUUCAGAAAUUCUGGUACCCUGUGGUCAACAUUCAUGUGGAAUAAGUACUGUAAGAAACACAUUCCAACUAGGGUUCAAUGGAAAGGAGGCUCACAAUUAUGGAAGAAGAUGCUAGUAGCAAGAGAUACUAUAGAAGAGGAGAUUUGGUGGGAACCAAGAAAUGGUUCUGCUAACUUUUGGUUUGAUUAUUGGACUAAACUUGGUCCUCUUGCUCAACUUACGCCAGUUAAUUUCCCUAUGGUUGACAGUAUUCAGGAUGUUGCAGAUGUUAUGGAGAAUGGGACUUGGAAUUAUCAGACAUUGCACAAACUGUACCAGAAGAUAUUGUUGAUCAUAUAA